AAAAACACACCAAUUGGAUGUUUCCUGAAGUGUCAACGAAAAUGUCUACGAAAGCCGAACAAUUUGCUUCUAAGAUUCGAUACUUGCAAGAGUAUCACAACCGUGUGCAACACAAUAUUUACCCUGUGCCCUCUGGAACAGACAUUGCAAACACACUGAAAUACUUUUCCCAAACCCUGCUCAGCAUUCUGUCCCGCACAGGCAGGAAGGAGAACCAGGAAGCUUCCAAUUUGGCCGUGCCCAUGACCAUGUGUCUUUUUCCUGUGCCAUUCCCACUCACCCCAUCUCUAAGACCACAAGUCAGUUCCAUCAACCCUACAGUUACUCGCUCCCUCCUUUACAGCGUUCUGCGCGAUGCCCCAUCAGACCGCGGGGGGCAGGGGCAGCAGAGUCGGGACGCUCAGCUCUCAGAGUACCCCUCUCUGGACUAUCAGGGCCUCUAUGUGACCCUCGUGACCCUGCUUGACCUGGUGCCCCUGCUGCAGCACGGUCAGCAUGAUCUUGGACAGUCCAUAUUUUACACAACAACUUGCCUCCUGCCCUUUCUCAGUGAUGAUAUUCUCAGCACUUUGCCCUAUACAAUGAUCUCCACUUUAGCUACAUUCCCCUCUUUCCUCCACAAAGACAUCAUUGAGUACCUGAGCACCUCUUUCCUUCCCAUGGCUAUAUUGGGUUCCACACGAAGGGAGGGGGGUGUCCCAGCAUAUGUCAACCUUUCUGCUUCCUCUAUGCUUAUGAUUGCAAUGCAGUACACCUCAAAUCCAGUAUAUCACUGUCAAUUGCUGGAGUGUCUAAUGAAGCACAAACAGGAAGUGUGGAAGGAUUUGCUUUAUGUAAUAUCCUAUGGACCAUCCCAAGUGAAGCCUCCAGCGGUGCAGAUGCUAUUUCAUUACUGGCCAAACCUCAAGCCCCCCGGAGCCAUAAGUGAAUACAGAGGACUGCAGUACACAGCCUGGAACCCCAUCCACUGUCAACACAUUGAGUGUCACAAUGCCAUCAAUAAACCUGCUGUUAAGAUGUGCAUUGAUCCCACUCUUUCUGUUGCCCUGGGAGACAAGCCUCCUCCUCUUUACAUAUGCGAGGAGUGCAGCCAAAGGAUAGCAGGAGACCAUGCUGAAUGGCUUGUUGAUGUUCUGUUGCCCCAAGCUGAGAUAUCUGCCAUUUGUCAAAAGAAGAACUGUAGCUCUCACGUGAGGAGGGCAGUCGUCACCUGCUUCUCAGCUGGCUGCUGUGGGCGCCAUGGCAACCGGCCGGUCCGCUACUGCAAGCGUUGCCAUGUCAACCACCACAGCAGCGAGGUGGGGGCUGCGGCGGAGACCCAUCUGUAUCAGACCUCACCCCCGCCCAUCAACACCCGCGAGUGUGGGGCGGAGGAGCUGGUGUGCACCGUGGAGGCUGUUAUAAGCCUUCUGAAGGAGGCAGAGAUUCAUGCGGAACAGCGUGAGUUUGAGCUGAACAGGCGUCGUCAGAUGGGCCUGUCUGCCUCUCACCACUCUCUAGACAAUAUUGACUUUGACAACAAGGAGGAUGACCAGCAUGACCAACGCCUCCUCAGUCAGUUUGGCAUCUGGUUCCUGGUGAGCCUGUGCACCCCUAACGAGAACACGCCCACAGAGAGCCUGGCUCGCCUGGUCAGCAUGGUGUUCCAGUGGUUCCACUCCACUGCCUACAUGAUGGACGACGAGGUGGGCAGCCUGGUGGAGAAGCUCAAGCCUCAGUUCGUCACCAAGUGGUUGAAGACGGUGUGUGAUGUGCGGUUUGAUGUCAUGGUCAUGUGCCUGCUGCCCAAACCGGUGGAGUUUGCCAGGGUGGGCGGUUACUGGGACAAGUCGUGUAGUACGGUAACCCAGCUAAAAGAGGGCUUGAACCGAAUCCUAUGUCUGAUACCCUACAAUGUGAUCAGUCAACCGCUCUGGGAGUGUUUUAUGCCUGAGUGGCUGGAGGCCAUCCGCACCGAGGUGCCCGACCAUCAGCUGAAAGAGUUCCGUGAAGUGCUCAGUAAGAUGUUUGAUAUUGAGUUGUGCCCGCUACCGUUCUCCAUGGAAGAGAUGUUUGGCUUCAUCAGUUGCAGAUUCUCUGGCUACCCUGCGUCAGUGCAAGAGCAGGCUCUUCUGUGGCUGCAUGUAUUGUCAGAGCUGGAUAUUGUGGUGCCUCUUCAGCUGUUGAUUGGGAUGUUCUCUGAUGGGGUGAACUCCGUGAAGGAACUGGCCAACCAGAGGAAGGCACGGGUCUCAGAUCUGACAAGCAACACGGGGGCUCGUAGGGUAAGCGUGGUCUCAGACCCAGGCCGCCGUGGGCAGCACAACACCCUGAGCCCGUUUCCCAGUCCAUUCAGGAGCCCGUUUCGCAGCCCCCUACGCUGCAGCCCCUUCAAGAACCUGGGUCAUGCCACUGGCCAUUGUGCUCUGGAUCUGGACUGUGACGACGAUGACAUGAACCUCGGUUGCUUCAUCCUCAUGUUUGACCUCAUCCUGAAGCAGAUGGAGCUCCAGGAUGAUGGUAUGAUGCUGGGUCUAGACAGUAGCCUGGGAAAGGAUAUUGUAGGCAUCAUCAACAAUGUCUUCCAGGCCCCAUGGGGGGGCUCACACACCUGCCAGAAGGAUGAGAAGGCCCCGGAGUGCAGCCUGUGCCAAUCUAGCAUUCUGUGCUACCAGCUGGGUUGUGAGCUCCUGGAGAGGCUCACCCCCAGGGAAGAGAUACGGCUAGUGGAACCCACUGACAGUUUGGAGGAAACCUUGCUAAUGCCUCAGCCAGGCUAUUCCCUGGAGACUGGAAACGGGACCCAGGAGGCUGAUCACCCAAGUGGCACAAACCAUGACAACCCCAGCAACCACUCCCCUGAUAACCCACCCAUGAAGAACAAUUCUGAUAAGAAGUUCUCCUACCAGCAGCUGCCAGUGUCUCUGAAGCUGAUUUACACCAUACUGCAGGAAAUGUCGAAAUUUGAGGAGCCUGACAUCUUGUUCAACAUGCUGAACUGUCUGAAGAUCCUGUGUCUCCAUGGGGAGUGUCUGUACCUUGCCCGCAAGGAUCAUCCCCAGUUCCUGGCCUACAUCCAGGAGAAGAUGCUCAUCCCAAGUCUGUGGUCCAUGUUGAAGUCUGAGUUUUGCCAGCUGGCAUCCCUGACUGUGCCUCAGCUCCUCCAUGCCCUUUCUCUCUCCAAUGGGGCAGACAUCUUCUGGAACCUGAUCGACACAAACUUCAACAGCAAGGACUGGAAGAUAAGAUUUGAAGCCGUGGAGAAGGUAGCUGUGCUUUGCCGAUUCCUGGACAUCGGCUCGGUGACGAAGAACCACCUGCUCAAGUACUCCCUGGCUCACGCCUUCUGCUGCUUCCUGGCCUCUGUGGAGGAUGUCAACCCAGCUGUGGCCACGCGGGCCAGACUGCUGCUGGAUACCAUCAAAAGACCAGCCUUGCAGGGCUUGUGCCUGUGCCUGGAUUUCCAGUUUGACACUGUAGUGAGGGACCGACCUAUUAUCCUUAGCAAGCUUCUGCUACUGCACUUCCUGAAGAAGGAGAUUCCUGCUCUUAGCUGGGAGUUCUUUGUCAACCGCUUUGAAACACUGUCUCUUGAGGCCCAGCUACACCUGGACUGCAAUAAGGAGUUCCCUUUCCCCACUACCAUCACAGCCGUGCGCACCAAUGUAGCCAACCUGAGUGACACAGCGAUGUGGAAGAUUCGCCGUGCUCGCUUCGCCAGGAAUCGUCAGAAAAGUGUGCGCUCCCUCCGGGACAGUGUGAAGGGCCCAUCAGAGUCAAAACGGGCAUUCUCACUUCCUGAGUCCCUGAGCAAUCGACUUCCUCUAAGGCUUACGAGGCAAGAGCACUCUGCCCCGACACUGGGAGAUAUGAUAGAGAAAGUCCUGCCAGGCCAGACCUCAUCCCCGGAGGAUGACUCCAUCAUCAGAGACCUGCUCCCUGAGGAUGCUGGGGUAGACCACCAGACAGUCCACCAGCUGAUCAUGGUGCUCAUGAAGUUCAUGACCAAAGAUCAGAGCAGUGCCGAGGCUGACAUUGGUAGUGCCAAGGCUUUCAACACUGUGAAGCGCCACCUGUACGUACUACUGGGGUAUGACCAGCAGGAGGGCUGCUUCAUGAUUGCCCCCCAAAAGAUGCGCACAUCCACCUGCUUCAGUGCCUUCAUCGCUGGCAUUGCACAAGUGAUGGACUACAACAUUAUUCUGGGAAAACAGCUGCUACCCCUGGUGGUCCAAGUGUUAAAGUACUGCACUUGUCCCCAGCUGAGACACUAUUUUCAGCAGCCGCCCCGUUGCUCUCUCUGGGCCUUGCGGCCACAUAUCAGGCAAAUGUGGCUCAAAGCUCUGCUUGUCAUCCUCUAUAAGUACCCUUACAGAGACAUGGAUGGGAGUAAAGUAGUGCUCCACUUGAUCCACAUCACCAUCAACACACUGAAUGCCCAGUAUCACAGCUGUCGUCCCCAUGCCACAGCAGGUCCCCUUUACAGUGACAACUCCAACAUGAGCCGCUACAGUGAGAAGGAAAAAGAGGAGGACAGCGUAUUUGAUGAGUCAGACAUCCAUGACACACCAACUGGAGCUGGUAACAAGGAGUCACAGACUUUUUUUGCCCGCCUCAAGAGGAUCGGUGGCAGCAAGUCUGUGAAGUACCAGCCAGUGGAGCUGAACGCCAAAAAAAGUGAAAUUGAACUGUCAGAGUACCGAGAGGCCAGCGCCCUCCAGGACAGCAUUCUGCAUUGUGUGAGGGAGGAGAGUACGAGGAAGAAGCGACUACAAGCCAUGCACAAGCAGAAGUCUUUGGACAUCUCCAACACAGACUCCAUCCUCUACAAUCUGGAUGAACACAGACGCAAGUCCUGCAUCGACCGUUGCGACCUGCAGGCGCCCCCUCCUGUCCUUCCCCCUUCCUCCACCACAUCGCACAGCAGGCAUCAUGGCAAAGGCUCAUCUGAUAGCUCCUCAGUUCGGGUGGAGGGGAGCGAUCCCCCCAUCCGUCGCAGUUCUCGGGGAGGUCAGUCAGACAACUCCAAGCCCAUCAUUCCAGAGGUCCGUCUCAGUUGCAUGGAGACCUUUGAUGACAAGCCUAACCAAUGCUCUCCAGGGGGAUCAACUCAGGGCAAGGAAGACCCAGACCUCAUUGACCUGUCCUCUGACUGCACUUCUAUACCAGAGAAACACUCCCUGCUCUCCAUGUCUGACAGUGACUCCCUGGUGUUUGAACCGCUGCCUCCCCUGAGAAUUGUUGAGAGUGACGAGGAGUUUGACUUCAGCGCCAUCAUGGGCUCCCGGCUCAAUGGAGGUGCCAAAGCUCCUGCUUCCCCUGCCAGCAGCAGCACACUACGUCUGUCCCCUGUGGUGCAGGUGAGCAUAGAAGAUUGCUCCAACAACACAGGGACUCCAAAAUCCUCAGCGAGACAACCAAACUCAGAGCAGCCUCCCGUGGAGAGGACGCCACAUCACAUGACUCCUAGCACCUCUCUGGAGCUUCCCGACCAUCCGGAGUAUACCUGCCAUGAGAGCCCCAUGACCCUGAAACAGAAGAGAGACUUGCUGAAGAAGACCCCACAUGUUCCAGACACCUCCCUGGAUGACAUGUCUGUGGCCCCUGAGGAGCAGAAGGCCUGGGUGGUGCCCGGGACGAGUCCAUCUGGGAGGACAAUCUUCUUGGACAUCCCCGAGGACACAGCGGAGCCCCUGUCCUCCCCGGAAAAAGACAACCAUAACAACAAUGGCGAUGAUGAGGAUGGUGAUGAUGAAGAUGAUGACAUCAGCGAUGAGGGGGACAGUGACCCCAAGCCUGACAAUGAGGACGACAACGACGGGGCAGAGUUUAAAAUCCAGAUUAUUCCCCGGCAACGUAAGCAGAGGAAGAUAGCUGUGAGCGCCAUCCAGAGGGAAUACCUGGACAUCUCUUUCAACACUCUGGAUAAACUGGGCGAGCAGCCCACAGACGCUGAUCACAAAGUUCUGUCUGCCUUGGAAAAGCCACGAGAAUCUGCCUCAGCCCCAACCCUUGAAGCUGCCAUGCCAGAAACAAGCCACCGCUCCUCAGUUUCAACUCAGUAUCGGCAGGUGAAGCGAGGCUCUUUGGGAGCUCUGACCAUGAGCCAGCUAAUGAAGAGACAGCUGGAGCAUCAAUCCAGUGCCCCACACAACAUAAGUACCUGGGAGACAGGUCAGUCAAAUCUAAAAUGAAAGGCCCUUUGGGAUUUCAUGGCUAUUCAUCUCCCCUCCAUAGGCCCAACUAAGACAAGUCUCCUGUCUGCCCCGAGCACAGUCAGCAUGUUUGUGCCUGCACCCGAGGAGUUCAUUGAUGAGCAGCCUACCACUAUGACUGACAGGUGUCGUGACUGUGGGGCGGUCCUGGAGGAGUAUGACGAAGAGACACUGGGCCUAGCAGUGGUGGUUCUCUCCAUGUUCAUCCACCUCAGCCCCGACCUGGCUGCCCCAAUGCUUCUCGACAUCAUGCAGUCUGUGGGCAGGUUGGCAUCUAGUGCCAAUUUCCCUGGACAAGCAGAGAGUAUGCUGAUCCCCGGGAACGCGGCAGGUGUGGCGAAACAGUUCCUCCGAUGUAUGUUCCAUCAGCUGGCCCCCAAUGGCAUCCUGCCCCAACUCUUUCAGAGUAACAUCAAAGAUGGAAGCUUUCUAAGAACACUUGCCUCCUCACUAAUAGACUUUAAUGAACUGAGCUCCGUGGCUGCCCUCAACAUGCUACUCGAGGGUUUGAACAAUAAAAAGAAUCUACCAGCAGGGGGCACUAUGCUGCAUUGCCUGGACAACAUAGCUACUUUUAUGGAGGCUCUCCCCAUGGACUCCCCAAGCAACCUGUGGACCACCAUUUGCAACCAGUUCCAGACCUUCCUCGCCAAACUGCCCUCUGUGCUGCCUCUGAAGUGUCCUAUGGAUUCCAGUUUGAGGAUCAUCAUUUGUCUACUGAAGAUCCCGACCACAAAUGCAAUACGGAGCCUGUUGGAGCCCUUCUCCAAACUGCUGAGCUUCGUCAUACAGUAUGGUGUGUUUAGUCUCUCCUACCUGGUAGAGCUCUGUGGCCUGUGUUGCAAAGCCUUCAACAAGGAGAGAGAUAAGUUCUACAUGUCCCGUAUUGUGGUGCUGGAGCUUCUGCAGGCUCUCAAGUUCAAGUCUCCUCUGCCAGACACGAACUUGCUGUUGUUAGUUCAGUUUGUUUGUGCAGAUAUUGGCACCCGGCUAGCAGAAUCCACAAUCAUCCAAAAGCACAUGAUCGCAACACUGCCGGGGUGCACAACAGCAGCAAUGGAAUGCAUGAGGCAAUACACAAGUGAGCUGCUUGACUUCAUUGCAGAUAUGCACACGCUAACCAAACUGAAAAGCCAUAUGAAGGCUUGCUGUCAGCCAUUGCAUGAGGACACCUUUGGUGGGAACCUGAAAGUUGGCUUGGCACAAGUAGCCGCCAUGGAGAUUAGCAAAGGCAACCACCGAGAUAACAAAGCUGUGAUCCGUUAUCUUCCGUGGCUCUACCAUCCUCCCUCUGCCUUGCAACAAGGACCAAAAGAGUUCAUCGAGUGUGUGUCCCACAUUCGGCAAUUGUCCUGGCUACUGCUAGGCUCUCUGACCCACUGUGCCCUGCACCAGGGCUCCACCUCCUGUAUGCCCAUCCCUCUAGAUGCUGGUUCCCACAUUGCAGACCACCUCAUUGUCAUCCUCAUUGGCUUCCCUGAGCAGUCCAAGACCUCGGUGUUGCACAUGUGUUCUCUGUUCCAUGCCUUCAUGUUUGCCCAGCUAUGGACUAUCUACUGUGAACAGGCAGCUGCUGCUCCAGCCCUGCAGAACCAGAACCAUACAGAGUUUUCUUCCAGUGCCAUCCUCACCGGUCUGGAGUUCUGGAGCCGUGUUACACCGAGCAUCUUGCAGCUCAUGGCCCAUAACAAAGUGAUGGUGGAGAUGGUUUGUCUUCAUGUCAUCAGUCUGAUGGAGGCCCUACAGGAGUGCAACUCCACCAUAUUUGUCAAGUUAAUUCCUAUGUGGCUCCCCAUGAUUCAGUCCAACCUAAAGCAUCUGUCUGCAGGGCUGCAGCUGCGUCUUCAGGCCAUCCAGAACCGGGUAAACCACCAAUGUCUCCAGGGCCAGGCCUCAGGAGCCCUUCUGUUUGCCCUACGAAAAUGGCUGCAGUGCACCCAGUUCAAAAUGGCUCAGGUGGAGAUCCAAUCAUCCGAGGCUGCAUCGCAAUUCUACCCCAUGUGACCUGUUCUCCAGCUGCCUCAGAUGUCAUCCAGGGACAAGUCCUCGUAAGGGACCAGCAUGCUUCUGACCUGGUUGACCCAAUUCACAGAGACAACCCCUAGCGUAAACAAAUAUUUGCUGUCUGGGACUCUUUGGGACUGAAUCAUCUUAAACACCUUUAGUAUUACAGUAGUAUAUGUACAGUACAGUAAACUAAUGCUAUUUCAGUGUCCUACCAUUUGAGGGGGUGAUUAAAGGUUGGUAGGCUUGUGAAAGAAAAUAUAUCAGGUGCCUAACUGUUGUAUUCAACGGACAUGACAAGUCUGUAGAUGUUGGAAAUAAUAUCUUUAGACCCACAUUAGUAAUUAUGAGAGUCUGGAAGUGAAUGCUUGUUGAAUUUUAUGCUCACUCAGUGACAUUCAUAUUUCAGAUUUUUAAGUUGCUUGGUUGCA